AGUGUAUACUUGUAAUUUCAGAUUUCAUGAUGUCGCAAUAAGUCGUCUUGAGAAUAAGGGAUGCUAUUAUUCGAAUUUUCCUAUUUAGUGAUACUAUGGAUGUGGGUUAUUUCUACAACACAAAGUAGUAUAACAACAUCUGACACCCAAGAAUGUACAACAUAUAUCGUUAACUGUCAUAACAUAAACUAUGACAAUUUAAAUGGUACAAACAACAAAACAAACCACAACCACGACUGCAUGUGUUGUCCUAUAUCUUUUGACGUUUCAAACCAAAAGUUAACAAGCGAAAGAGAUGGAUGGAAAUAUGGAUAUUUGCGAAAUUGUGAAAGUCACGAUAACUACACAGAAAGCAAUGACAUCAAAUGGAUAUAUGGAUAUCUGAAGGAUUGCAAUAACGCAAAGAAUAGCAAUAUAGUCAAUUGUAGCUAUUUUGAAAGUUGUUGCUAUAGUUUAAGUUAUUUGUCUAAUUGCUUUAACUAUUCGACAAUCGAAUGCAGUAAACAGAUCCUUGCCAAUUGUUCAUUUGUAGGUUCUGCGUCUUAUCAACAGAAUACAAGCGAAAAUUCAACAGCUUUUGUUACAACGGAUGAUGAUGGUUGGAUUUACACGUAUUACAACUUUAGUUCUUAUGAAUGCCUCAGUCAAUGUAAUAUUAGCCUAAAUUGUUCCAAAAAGGGUUGUGGUUAUUGUGUUGGAUGCUGUACGUUGAUUCAUUGCUGCGAAUGUGACAAGGACUUUAUCACAACGGAGUCUUCGACCACUGAACAAAUGAGCCCCGUUCUAACAACAGAACAAAACAUGAAAUCAACAACAAGUACACCAAGCAUAGCAACACUAUCAACAAAGAAAAUAACGUCGUCGGCAAUCACAACAGAAACUUCUACAAAGGAAACAACGACAGUAACAACUGCAAAUCCAACAACGACAGAAAUUCCAAUUUCAAUAACGAUACAAAAUACAUUUCGAACGACAAAAACCUUAAUUCCUGCAACAGAUACCACAAUUCUAACGACACACACUACAACAGAAACUUCGACAACCAUAAUAACGACAGAGCCAAAAACGACAGAAAUUACACCAUCAAAUUCAAUCGAAACUACAACUCCAACAAUACCCACUACGCCUCUUCCUCAUCACGAUUAUCAACAUUUUGCCUGCAUUAAUGGCUGUUCAUGUACUAUGAAAAAUUAUAGACAUGAAAAUGACAAUAGCACAGACCAUCCCAAUUGUUACAUGUAUUGUCCCGUUUGUUGCAAAAGAGCAGAAAAAAAUGUUACAAAUGACAAUGAUGACUGGAAUUAUGGAUAUUCGAAAGAAUGUUUAGGUCAGAACGAUAGGACAAUCAAUGGAGAUCUAGAUCCAAGGACGUACAGUACUAUCAGAGCUAAGAACUGUUCUUCUAUUUCUUGUCUACCAUGUUGCCACAAUAGUACAAUUGGCUGUCAGAUUAAUUGCACUUGUAACAGUUCUUGUCACUAUGACAGUAACUUCUUCAAUUCAGCCAGAAUUGAGGAUAACAUGACUUCUGUAAACUGUUCACGCCAAUGCUCUUCAUCAUGUUGUUGUCAUUGUCAAGCUUGCAAUUCUACAGAUAUGUCUUCUACUGAAGAUGACUGGAUAUAUUCAAACAACAGUGGUCACGAAUGUUUCCAUCCAUGUAAUUCGACCAUACAAAGCAACGAACACUGUUCUCAUAUCAAUUUUUCAUGCUUUUUAUGGAUUUGCUGCAGCGAAUGUGAAAAUCAAACAAUCACUACUGAUUCACCAACAACUGACCAGACUACUUCAAUUCAAUCGACGACCGACAUCACAACGGAAACGACUAUGGCGACAUCAGGGCAAACAACAGAGUCUACACUAUUGUCAACCACCAUGGAAACUACACAAACCAAAACGACAACUGAAACUUCGAUUCAAACGGCAGAAACUACAACCGAUCAAAGUACAACAGAUACUUCGACGAAAGAAUUAACGACAGUAACUCAAUCAGAACCAACAACGACAGAAACUUCAGUUCAAACGACAAUAACCUCAAUUCCAGCAACAGAAACCACAAUAACAGCGACACAAACUACAACUCAUCAAAGUACAACUGAAACUUCGCCGAAAGAAACAACGACAAUAACUCAUUUAGAACCAACAACGACAGAAACUUCAGUUCCUACGACAGAAACCUCAAUUCCAGCAACAGAAACCACAAUUACAACGACACAAGCUACAACUGAUCAAAUGACAACAGAAACUUCUCCGAAAGAAACAACGACAAUAACUCCUUCAGAACCAACAAUGACAGAAACUCCAGUUCAAACGACAAUAACCUCAAUUCAAGCAACAGAAACCACAAUUACAACGACACAAACUACAACUGAUGAAAGUACAACAGAAACUUCGCCAAAGGAAACAACGCCAGUUACUUCUUCACAGCCAACAACGACAGAAAUUGCAUCAUCAACAGCAAUAGAAACUACAACUUCAACGAUACCUACUACGUCUUCUCAUCCAACCGAUUGUUCACAAUUUGCCUGCAUCUGUUGCUGUCCCUUUACUAUUGACAAUCAUACAUAUGAAAAUGACAAUACUACAGACCAUCCCAAUGGUUACAUUUACUGUCCUGUUUUUUGCGAAAGAGCAAAACAAAAUGUUACAAAUGACGAUGAUGACUGGAUAUAUGGAUAUGCCAAAAAAUGCCUAUGUCAGAAAAAUGGGACAGCCGAUGACCAUCUAGAUUUGUGGACGUAUAGUUAUAUCAGUGCUAAGAACUGUUCUUCUAUAUCUUGUCUACCAUGUUGCAAUAAUGGUACCGACAACUAUGAGAUGAAUUGCAUUUGUCACAGUUCUUGUCACUAUUGCAGUAACGUUUUCAACUGCUGUGAUUAUUCAACCAGUAUCAAUGAUAAAACUGCACUUGUUAACUGUUCAUGCCGAUGCUCCUCAUCAUGUUGUUGUCAAUGUCGGGGUGGAAAAUCUACAGAUGUGUCUUCUACUGAAGAUGACUGGACAUAUUCAAACAACAGUGGUCACGAAUGUUUCCAUUUAUGUAAUACGACCAUACAAAGCAACGAACACUGUUCUCAUAUCAAUUUGUCAUGCUGUUUAUGGAUUUGCUGCAGCGAAUGUGAAAAUCAAACAAUCACUACUGAUUCACCAAUAACUGACCAAACUACUUCAAUUCAAUCGACGACCGACAUCACAACGGAAACGACUAUGGAGACAUCAGUCCAAACAACAGAGUCUACACUAUUGCCAACCACCAUAGAAACUACACAAACCAAAACAACAACAGAAACUUCGAUUCUAACGACAGAAACUACAACAGAUCAAAGUACAACAGAAACUUCUCUGAAAGAAACGAUGACAUUAACACCUUCAGAACCAACAACGAUUAAAACUUCAGUUCGAACGACAAUAACCUCAAUUCCAGCAACAGAAACCACAAUUACAACGACACAAGCUACAACUGAUCAAAGUACAACAGAAACUUCUCCGAAAGAAACAACGACAAUAACUCCUUCAGAACCAACAACGACAGAAACUUCAGUUCAAACGACAAUUACCUCAAUUCCAGCAACAGAAACCACAAUUACAACGACACAAACUACAACUGAUCAAAGUACAACAGAAACUUCGCCAAAGGAAACAACGCCAGUUACUUCUUCACAGCCAACAACAACAGAAAUUGCAUCAUCAACAGCAAUAGAAACUACAACUUCAACGAUACCUACUACGUCUUCUCAUCCAACCGAUUGUUCACAUUUUGCCUGCAUCUGUUGCUGUCCCUUUACUAUUGACAAUCAUACAUAUGAGAAUGACAAUACUACAGACCAUCCCAAUGGUUACAUUUACUGUGCUGUUUGUAGCGAAAGAGCAAAACAAAAUGUUACAAAUGACGAUGAUAACUGGAUAUAUGGAUAUGCGAAAAAAUGCCUAUGUCAGAAAAAUGGGACAAUCGAUGGCCAUCUAGAUCUGUGGACGUAUAGUUAUAUCAGUGCUAAGAACUGUUCUUCCACUUCUUGUCUACCAUGUUGCAAUAAUGGUACCGACAGCUAUGAGAUGAAUUGCAUUUGUCACAGUUCUUGUCACUAUUGCAGUAACGUUUUCAACUGCUGUGAUUAUUCAACCAGUAUCAAUGAUAAAACGGCACUUGUUAACUGUUCACGCCGAUGCUCCUCAUCAUGUUGUUGUCAUUGUCUGGGUGGAAAAUCUACAGAUGUGUCUUCUACUGAAGAUGACUGGACAUAUUCAAACAACAGUGGUCACGAAUGUUUCCAUCCAUGUAAUACGACCAUACAAAGCAACGAACACUGUUCUCAUAUCAAUUUGUCAUGCUGUUUAUGGAUUUGCUGCAGCGAAUGUGAAAAUCAAACAAUCACUACUGAUUCACCAACAACUGACCAAACUACUUCAAUUCAAUCGACGACCCACAUCACAACGGAAACGACUAUGGAGACAUCAGUCAAAACAACAGAGUCUACACUAUUGCCAACCACCAUGGAAACUACACAAACCAAAACAACAACAGAAACUUCGAUUCAAACGACAGAAACUACAACAGAUCAAAGUACAACAGAAACUUCUCUGAAAGAAACGACGACAUUAACACCUUCAGAACCAACAACGACUGAAACAUCAGUUCGAACGACAGAAACCUCAAUUCCAGCAACAGAAACCACAAUUAGAACGACACAAGCUACAACUGAUCAAAGUACAACAGAAACUUCGCCGAAAGAAACAACGACAAUAACUCCUUUAGAACCAACAACGACAGAAACUUCAGUUCCUACGACAGAAACCUCAAUUCCAGCAACAGAAACCACAAUUACAACGACACAAGCUACAACUGAUCAAAGUACAACAGAAACUUCUCCGAAAGAAACAACGACAAUAACUCCUUCAGAACCAACAACGACAGAAACUUCAGUUCAAACGACAAUUAACUCAAUUCCAGCAACAGAAACCACAAUUACAACGACACAAACUACAACUGAUCAAAGUACAACAGAAACUUCGCCAAAAGAAACAACGCCAGUUACUUCUUCACAGCCAACAACGACAGAAAUUGCAUCAUCAACAGCAAUAGAAACUACAACUUCAACGAUACUUACUACGUCUUCUCAUCCAACCGAUUGUUCACAUUUUGCCUGCAUCUGUUGCUGUCCCUUUACUAUUGACAAUCAUACAUAUGAGAAUGACAAUACUACAGACCAUCCCAAUGGUUACAUUUACUGUGCUGUUUGUAGCGAAAGAGCAAAACAAAAUGUUACAAAUGACGAUGAUAACUGGAUAUAUGGAUAUGCGAAAAAAUGCCUAUGUCAGAAAAAUGGGACAAUCGAUGGCCAUCUAGAUCUGUGGACGUAUAGUUAUAUCAGUGCUAAGAACUGUUCUUCUACUUCUUGUCUACCAUGUUGCAAUAAUGGUACCGACAGCUAUGAGAUGAAUUGCAUUUGUCACAGUUCUUGUCACUAUUGCAGUAACGUUUUCAACUGCUGUGAUUAUUCAACCAGUAUCAAUGAUAAAACGGCACUUGUUAACUGUUCACGCCGAUGCUCCUCAUCAUGUUGUUGUCAUUGUCUAGGUGGAAAAUCUACAGAUGUGUCUUCUACUGAAGAUGACUGGACAUAUUCAAACAACAGUGGUCACGAAUGUUUCCAUCCAUGUAAUACGACCAUACAAAGCAACGAACACUGUUCUCAUGUCAAUUUGUCAUGCUGUUUAUGGAUUUGCUGCAGCGAAUGUGAAAAUCAAACAAUCACUACUGAUUCACCAACAACUGACCAAACUACUUCAAUUCAAUCGACGACCGACAUCACAACGGAAACGACUAUGGAGACAUCAGUCCAAACAACAGAGUCUACACUAUUGUCAACCACCAUGGAAACUACACAAACCAAAACAACAACUGAAACUACAACAGAUCAAAGUACAACAGAAACUUCUCUGAAAGAAACAACAACAGUAACACCUUCAGAACCAACAACGACUGAAACUUUAGUUCGAACGACAGAAACCUCAAUUCCAGCAACAGAAACCACAAUUAGAACGACACAAGCUACAACUGAUCAAAGUACAACAGAAACUUCGCCGAAAGAAACAAUGACAAUACCUCCUUUAGAACCAACAACGACAGAAACUUCAGUUCCUACGACAGAAACCUCAAUUCCAGCAACAGAAACCACAAUUACAACGACACAAGCUACAACUGAUCAAAGUACAACAGAAACUUCUCCGAAAGAAACAACGACAAUAACUCCUUCAGAACCAACAACGACAGAAACUUCAGUUCAAACGACAAUAACCUCAAUUCCAGCAACAGAAACCACAAUUACAACGACAAAAACUACAACUGAUCAAAGUACAACAGAAACUUCGCCAAAGGAAACAACGCCAGUUACUUCUUCACAGCCAACAACGACAGAAAUUGCAUCAUCAACAGCAAUAGAAACUACAACUUCAACGAUACCUACUACGUCUUCUCAUCCAACCGAUUGUUCACAUUUUGCCUGCAUCUGCUGCUGUCCCUUUACUAUUGACAAUCAUACAUAUGAAAAUGACAAUACUACAGACCAUCCCAAUGGUUACAUUUACUGUCCUGUUUGUUGCGAAAUAGCAAAACAAAAUGUUACAAAUGACGAUGAUAACUGGAUAUACGGAUAUGCGAAAAAAUGCCUAUGUCAGAAAAAUGGGACAAUCGAUGGCCAUCUAGAUUUGUGGACGUAUAGUUAUAUCAGUGCUAAGAACUGUUCUUCUACUUCUUGUCUACCAUGUUGCAAUAAUGGUACCGACAGCUAUGAGAUGAAUUGCAUUUGUCACAGUUCUUGUCACUAUUGCAGUAACGUUUUCAACUGCUGUGAUUAUUCAACCAGUAUCAAUGAUAAAACGGCACUUGUUAACUGUUCACGCCGAUGCUCCUCGUCAUGUUGUUGUCAUUGUCUGGGUGGAAAAUCUACAGAUGUGUCUUCUACUGAAGAUGAAUGGACAUAUUCAAACAACAGUGGUCACGAAUGUUUCCAUCCAUGUAAUACGACCAUACAAAGCAACGAACACUGUUCUCAUAUCAAUUUGUCAUGCUGUUUAUGGAUUUGCUGCAGCGAAUGUGAAAAUCAAACAAUCACUACUGAUUCACCAACAACUGACCAAACUACUUCAAUUCAAUCGACGACCGACAUCACAACGGAAACGACUAUGGAGGCAUCAGUCCAAACGACAGAGUCUACACUAUUGUCAACCGCCAUGGAAACUACACAAAUCAAAACAACAACUGAAACUUCGAUUCAAACGACAGAAACUACAACAGAUCAAAGUACAACAGAAACUUCUCUGAAAGAAACAACGACACUAACACCUUCAGAACCAACAACGACUGAAACUUCAGUUCGAACGACAGAAACCUCAAUUCCAGCAACAGAAACCACAAUUAGAACGACACAAGCUACAACUGAUCAAAGUACAACAGAAACUUCGCCGAAAGAAACAAUGACAAUACCUCCUUUAGAACCAACAACGACAGAAACUUCAGUUCCUACGACAGAAACCUCAAUUCCAGCAACAGAAACCACAAUUACAACGACACAAGCUACAACUGAUCAAAGUACAACAGAAACUUCUCCGAAAGAAACAACGACAAUAACUCCUUCAGAACCAACAACGACAGAAACUUCAGUUCAAACGACAAUAACCUCAAUUCCAGCAACAGAAACCACAAUUACAACGACAAAAACUACAACUGAUCAAAGUACAACAGAAACUUCGCCAAAGGAAACAACGCCAGUUACUUCUUCACAGCCAACAACGACAGAAAUUGCAUCAUCAACAGCAAUAGAAACUACAACUUCAACGAUACCUACUACGUCUUCUCAUCCAACCGAUUGUUCACAUUUUGCCUGCAUCUGCUGCUGUCCCUUUACUAUUGACAAUCAUACAUAUGAAAAUGACAAUACUACAGACCAUCCCAAUGGUUACAUUUACUGUCCUGUUUGUUGCGAAAUAGCAAAACAAAAUGUUACAAAUGACGAUGAUAACUGGAUAUAUGGAUAUGCGAAAAAAUGCCUAUGUCAGAAAAAUGGGACAAUCGAUGGCCAUCUAGAUUUGUGGACGUAUAGUUAUAUCAGUGCUAAGAACUGUUCUUCUACUUCUUGUCUACCAUGUUGCAAUAAUGGUACCGACAGCUAUGAGAUGAAUUGCAUUUGUCACAGUUCUUGUCACUAUUGCAGUAACGUUUUCAACUGCUGUGAUUAUUCAACCAGUAUCAAUGAUAAAACGGCACUUGUUAACUGUUCACGCCGAUGCUCCUCGUCAUGUUGUUGUCAUUGUCUGGGUGGAAAAUCUACAGAUGUGUCUUCUACUGAAGAUGAAUGGACAUAUUCAAACAACAGUGGUCACGAAUGUUUCCAUCCAUGUAAUACGACCAUACAAAGCAACGAACACUGUUCUCAUAUCAAUUUGUCAUGCUGUUUAUGGAUUUGCUGCAGCGAAUGUGAAAAUCAAACAAUCACUACUGAUUCACCAACAACUGACCAAACUACUUCAAUUCAAUCGACGACCGACAUCACAACGGAAACGACUAUGGAGGCAUCAGUCCAAACGACAGAGUCUACACUAUUGUCAACCGCCAUGGAAACUACACAAAUCAAAACAACAACUGAAACUUCGAUUCAAACGACAGAAACUACAACAGAUCAAAGUACAACAGAAACUUCUCUGAAAGAAACAACGACAGUAACACCUUCAGAACCAACAACGACUGAAACUUCAGUUAGAACGACAGAAACCUCAAUUCCAGCAACAAAAACCACAAUUAGAACGACACAAGCUACAACUGAUCAAAGUACAACAGAAACUUCGCCGAAAGAAACAACGACAAUAACUCCUUUAGAACCAACAACGACAGAAACUUCAGUUCCUACGACAGAAACCUCAAUUCCAGCAACAGAAACCACAAUUACAACGACACAAGCUACAACUGAUCAAAGUACAACAGAAACUUCGCCGAAAGAAACAACGACAAUAACUCCUUCAGAACCAACAACGACAGAAACUUCAGUUCAAACGACAAUAACCUCAAUUCCAGCAACAGAAACCACAAUUACAACGAUAGAAACUACAACUGAUCAAAGUACAACAGAAACUUCGCCAAAGGAAACAACGCCAGUUACUUCUUCACAGCCAACAACGACAAAAAUUGCAUCAUCAACAGCAAUAGAAACUACAACUUCAACGAUACCUACUACGUCUUCUCAUCCAACCGAUUGUUCACAUUUUGCCUGCAUCUGUUGCUGUCCCUUUACUAUUGACAAUUAUACAUAUGAAAAUGACAAUACUACAGACCAUCCAAGUGGUUACAAUUACUGUCCUGUUUGUUGCGAAAGAGCAAACCAAAAUGUUACAAAUGACGAUGAUGACUGGAUAUAUGGAUAUGCGAAAAAAUGCCCAUGUCAGAAAAAUGGGACAAUCGAUGGCCAUCUAGAUUUGUGGACGUAUAGUUAUAUCAGUGCUAAGAACUGUUCUUCUACUUCUUGUCUACCAUGUUGCAAUAAUGGUACCGACAGCUAUGAGAUGAAUUGCAUUUGUCACAGUUCUUGUCACUAUUGCAGUAACGUUUUCAACUGCUGUGAUUAUUCAACCAGUAUCAAUGAUAAAACGGCACUUGUUAACUGUUCACGCCGAUGCUCCUCGUCAUGUUGUUGUCAUUGUCUGUGUGGAAAAUCUACAGAUGUGUCUUCUACUGAAGAUGACUGGACAUAUUCAAACAACAGUGAUCACGAAUGUUUCCAUCCAUGUAAUACGACCAUACAAAGCAACGAACACUGUUUUCAUAUCAAUUUGUCAUGCUGUUUAUGGAUUUGCUGCAGCGAAUGUGAAAAUCAAACAAUCACUACGGAUUCACCAACAACUGACCAAACUACUUCAAUUCAAUCGACGACCGACAUCACAACGGAAACGACUAUGGAGGCAUCAGUCCAAAGAACAGAGUCUACACUAUUGUCAACCACCAUGGAAACUACACAAAUCAAAACAACAACUGAAACUUCGAUUCAAACGACAGAAACUACAACAGAUCAAAGUACAACAGAAACUUCUCUGAAAGAAACAACGACAGUAACACCUUCAGAACAAACAACGACUGAAACUUCAGUUCGGACGACAAAAACCUCAAUUCCAGCAACAGAAACCACAAUUAGAACGAUACAAGCUACAACUGAUCAAAGUACAACAGAAACUUCGCCGAAAGAAACAACGACAAUAACUCCUUCAAAACCAACAACGACAGAAACUUCAGUUCCUACGACAAAUACCUCAUUUCCAGCAACAGAAACCACAAUUACAAUGACACAAGCUACAACUGGUCAAAGUACAAAAGAAACUUCUCCAAAAGAAACAACGACAAUAACUCCUUCAGAACCAACAACGACAGAAACUUCAGUUCAAACGACAAAAACCUCAAUUCCAGCAACAGAAACCACAAUUACAACGACACAAACUACAACUGAUCAAAGUACAACAGAAACUUCGCCAAAGGAAACAACUCCAGUUACUUCUUCACAGCCAACAACGACAGAAAUUGCAUCAUCAACAGCAAUAGAAACUACAACUUCAACGAUACCUACUACGUCUUCUCAUCCAACCGAUUGUUCACAUUUUGCCUGCAUCUGUUGCUGUCUCUUUACUAUUGACAGUCAUACAUAUAAACAUGACAAUACUACAGACCAUCCAAAUGGUUACAUUUACUGUCCUGUUUGUUGCGAAAGAGCAAACCAAAAUGUUACAAAUGACGAUGAUGACUGGAUAUAUGGAUAUGCGAAAAAAUGCCUAUGUCAGAAAAAUGAGACAAUCGAUGGCCAUCUAGAUCUGUGGACGUAUAGUUAUAUCAGUGCUAAGAACUGUUCUUCUACUUCUUGUCUACCAUGUUGCAAUAAUGGUACCGACAGCUAUGAGAUGAAUUGCAUUUGUCACAGUUCUCGUCACUUUUACAGUAACGUUUUCAACUGUUGUGAUUAUUCAACCAAUAUCAAUGAUAAAACAGCACUUGUUAACUGUUCACGCCGAUGCUCCUCAUCAUGUUGUUGUCAUUGUCUGGGUGGAAAAUCUACAGAUGUGUCUUCUACUGAAGAUGACUGGACAUAUUCAAAUAACAGUGGUCACGAAUGUUUCCAUCCAUGUAAUACGACCAUACAAAGCAACGAACACUGUUCUCAUAUCAAUUUGUCAUGCUGUUUAUGGAUUUGCUGCAGCGAAUGUGAAAAUCAAACAAUCACUACGGAUUCACCAACAACUGACCAAACUACUUCAAUUCAAUCGACGACCGAGAUCACAACGGUAACGACAAUGGAGACAUCAGUCCAAACAACAGAGUCUACACUAUUGUCAACCACCAUGGAAACUACACAAACCAAAACAACAGAAACUUCGAUUCAAACGACAGAAACUACAACAGAUCAAAGUACAACAGAAACUUCUCUGAAAGAAACAACGACAGUAACACCUUCAGAACCAACAACGACAGAAACUUCAGUUCGAACGACAGAAACCUCAAUUCCAGCAACAGAAACCACAAUUAAAACGACAGAAGCUACAACUGAUCAAAGUACAACAGAAACUUCGCCGAAAGAAACAACGACAAUAACUCCCUCAGAACCAACAACGACAGAAACUUCUAUUGGCACGACAGAAACCUCAAUUCCAGCAACAGAAACCACAACUACAACGACACAAGCUACAACUCAUCAAAGUACAACAGAAACUUCGCCGAAAGAAACAACGACAAUAAUUCCCUCAGAACUAACAACGACAGAAACUUCGCCGAAAGAAACAACGACAGUACCUCUCUCAGAACCAACAAUGACAGAAACUUCAGUUCCUACGACAGAAAUCUCAAUUCCAGCAACAGAAACCACAAUUACAACGACACAAGCUACAACUGAUCAAAGUACAACAGAAACUUCUCCGAAAGAAACAACGACAAUAACUCCUUCAGAACCAACAACGACAGAAACUUCAGUUCAAAGGACAAUAACCUCAAUUCCAGCAAUAGAAACCACAAUUACAACGUCCCAUACUACAACAGAAACUUCGCCGAUAGAAACAACGACAAAAACUUCAUUUCGAACGACAGCAACCUCAAUUUCGGCAACAGAAACCACAAUUACAACGACACAAGCUACAACUCAUCAAAGUACAACAGAAACAUCGCCGAAAGAAACAACGACAAUAAUUCCCUCAGAACUAACAACGACAGAAACUUCGCCGAAAGAAAAAACGACAGUACCUUUCUCAGAACCAACAACGACAGAAAGUUCAGUUCCUACGACAGAAACCUCAAUUCCAGCAACAGAAACCACAAUGACAAUGACACAAGCUACAACUGAUCAAAGUACAACAGAAACGUCUCCGAUAGAAACAACAACAGUAACUCCAUCAGAACCAAGAACGACAGAAAUUACAUCAUCAACAGCAAUAAAAACUACAACUGUCCAAAGUACAACAGCACCUUCACCAAAAGAAAUAACUACAGUAACUUUUACUGUGCCAAUAACGCCAGAAACUACAACUGAUCAAAGUACAACAGAACAUUUGCCGAAAGAAACAACGACAGUGACGUUUUCAGAGUCAACUACGACAGAAACUUCAACUGAUCAAAGUACAACAGAAACUUCGCCAAAAGAAACAACUACAGUAACGUCUUCAGAGCCAACAACGUCAGAAACUACAACUGAUCAAAGUACAACAGAAACUCCGCUGAGAGAAACAACGACAGUAACGUCUUUAGAGCCAACAACGUCAGAAUCUACAACUGAUCAAAGUACAACAGAAACUCCGCUGAAAGAAAAAACGACAGUAACGUCUUCAGAGUCAACUAUGGCAGAAACUACAACUACAUCUCAAUCAGAAACAGAAACUUUUGUUAUAAUUGUCAUUAUAAUCGUUUGUAUUAUUGGAUUCAUAGCUGGGACUGUUUGCAUAGUUUUCGUGUAUUGCUACAUCAUAAAGAAUAGGGCACUUGCUAAGGUUGCUCCUGCAGGUCCAUUGAGAGCGUUUUAGGACUUACUUUGACGAUGCAAAAUACCGGUAUUCAAACAAACAAAGACUUUUUUUUUAUUUUUUUAUCUACCAUGCCUCAUUUAAGUGUCAACCUUGUCCGUCUGUACGUCCGUAUGUACGUCCCAAAAUUAAUUUCCGUUCUGUAACUUAUAUAAUUUGCAUCAACCAAAUGAUAUGAAACUUAUACACAAUGUUUAUUACCACAAAACACAGAUCAAAUUUGAAUUUGGGUGGCGUCACUUUAACCGUUCUAAAGUUAUGCCUCUUUACAAAUGGAAAAAAUACUGAAUUUUUCGUAUCCGUUCUCUAACUUUAGUUUGCCUCAACCAAAUGUUAUGAAACUUAUACAAAAUGCUUAUUACCACAAACUCAGAUUAAAUUAGAAUUUUGGUGGCGUCACUUAUACCGUUCUAGAGUAAUGCCCCUUUAUAUUUGGAAAAAAUGCUGAAUUUUUCGUUUCCGUUCUCUAACUUCAGUGUACCUCAACCAAUUGUUAUGAAAUUAAUAUCCAAAAAAUUAAAAAACAAUAAUAUACACAAUGAUUAUUACAACGAAACUUAGAUCAAGUUUGAAUUUGGAUGGCGUCACUUUUACGGUUCUCUAGUUAUGUUCCCUUAUAACGUUAUAUGCAAGCAUCUAUGUCCCAUGGACACAUUGUUCAUUUUUUUAUUAUCAUUCAACGCAGUUAUGAAACGUUUUAUAUAUAUGCAGAAGUUCUGUGGUAACAUUUUAUUGAAAUCUAUAAAUCAGGUCAAUCCUUUCUCAUUUGCUAUUUAUAGAAAUGUAUUGGCCAAAACUUCAUCUUUCGAUUUAUCGGAUUCCGGUUUCGGCAUUUGUUAUUUUUUUCCUUUGUAGCUGGCAGUUGUAUGAUCAAAAGUUGGGGUAUAUCAGUUAUGUCUACAUACUUUUUUCGAUACUUGAUUUAUUAACGGCUGCUGAACAUCGGGUGACAAAUAUAACAUGCCCAUCUCUGACAAUAAUAAAGUGAUAUGAAUAUGAAAACAUAUACAGGUUAAUUCUGAGCGUGACACAUACACUUGAACGAUUGGUACAUCCAAAACGAAUUCGGAGACCGCCUAUGAAUUUUAUAUCACUUUAUAUAAUACAAAGGAAAUUUUAGUAAAAAAAAUGUAUAAAGUUUAAAGACAUGUUCUUUAUUGUUAUUGUUCACCUCUAGAUGUCUUUUUGCUAUUAGUUUCGUUGGGUUGCUCUCGUAUGGACGUUCAUCCCACAUCUAUAGUUUUGUCGCCCUAAUCGGACACAUUUUUUUAAUCAUUUUUCCUAAAUCCUGUGUGUUUGGUCGAAAGAGAAAGCAAGCAAAUCCAUAUUUUCAAGUAAACUGUUUGAGUUCAAAUGACGUGGAUGUGUACUUGUUUGACAUAACGGAUGUAUUUUUCUCCUCAUCAUAUUCAUGCUAAACCCAAUUUUCAUAAGAAAAGAUAAGAAAAAGUUGCAUUUGGUCCUUAACAAUGAGAGCAUACUCACAACAUGAGACAAUCCAAGGGAAACCCAAAUCAUAUGCACUUUAAGUAUGUGCCCGUUAAUAUAUUGAUUGUUUGUUUGCUGUUUGAUUAAUGUCCAUUGGAAAACAUUACAUGCAUAUUCAUGACUACUCAGCAAUUUCGCCAUUACAAAACAAGUGCAAAUAACUCAUCCUAGAUACCAGGAUUGUACGACAGACGCGCGUUUCGUCUUUAAAAGACUCAUCAGUGACGCUCGAAUCAAAAAAAGAUAAAAAGGCCAAAUAAAGUACAAAGAAUUGAUUGAAACUGGUUCGAGAAUUUAAACUGAAUCCAAAAGUAAGAAAAAACAUGAUAUUUCUGCUAAAAAAAUAAUUCAGAAGACUUUUUUCAACCGUUCUUUAAAUCCUAAUUUUAGAAGCUUGUAAGGUACAAUUUUGGAAUACUAGACUUUUCACUACGCUUUUGUUUCAAACAACAAUGACCAUUAUAGAAAAUGAAGUCAAACACUUAUCCACAUUGAACAGCAAAUAAAUAAUUUCUACCAAGGGUGCAAACAAACACUAGACGGGAGACGGAUUUAUAAAAGUUUUUCCAAACUUGUUUCCGAAUCCCAUAUUUGAAUUUCAUGUAACAUAUCACUAAUUCAUUGUUGUAAAUUUUCAUUAAUGAAUACUGUUUAAACUAAACAAACACAAGUCGUCAAAAGACAAAAAGACAGAUUAUACCAUGACCAAAAACAAAUAGACAAACAGACAAACAGCAGUCCACAAAACAAUACACAGAAAACUGUGUUUGAGCAACAAUACUAAAUUCUGUUCACAAAAAACAUGAAAACAUAAUUCUGUAAAACUAUGUUUUAUCUGUCAUACAAACUAAUUAACUUCGGUUCAUUGUGUCCUUUUAUUCAAAAUUUAACAGAAAAAUGUUGUAGAGAUUGAUAUUUAAUGCAUAAAUUCCAAAUUUUAUAGAAAAAGAACCACAAAUAGAUGAGUAUUUAAACAAUGUUUAGGCAAGUGUCGGUUUUUCUUUGAUAUUGCCAAAAACAAAAAAAUCAGUGAAUCGAUUGACACGUGCCAACUUACAUAGCAACUGAUUAAACAAUCAUAAUCUUUUUAUUUUAAGUAAUUAACAGUUGUAUCAAAAAGACUAGUGUUGAAUAUGUAUAAUUAAAAGGACAAAUCAUA